AUGGCGCUACAAGUCUAUAUCUCUCACACGGGCGGCGUCCUCACCUUCAAUGACCCUGUUGUGGCUCGUGUCGACAACCUGCGGUCAUGGAUCGAAGCCAAUACUGCCAUUCCAGCCUCUCGCCAAAUCUUGAUGACGGCUCGCGGCAAGAUUGUCAAGAAUCUCAAUAACGAACAAGAGGUCUACGUCUACGACAAGCAGUUCCUGUCCCCAGACUCCCAACCCCCUACCCGUGACGAUGUCCAACUGAAACCGCUCGCCGAACCCCCUUCGUAUCUCGCCGACGAGACCAGCCUGAAAGCAUGGCACGAGUUGUUCAACUCCCGGCGCACCUGGGCGCUCGAGGCGGUAGAGAUUGCAAGAACAGGCGUGGAGAACAUUGAAAUAUGUGCAGAGGAGGCAUCUGUCAUUGCUAGGUCCAUGAAGGUCGCCCUAGACAACCUGCGGAACCAUGUCACGACACUUCAGCAGAGGUUCGAGGAGACAAAUCAAUGGGCACAGGGCUACAUACAAGAACAUCGAGAGGUCCUCAAGGAUUGGCAAGCGAGUGUAGAUACCCUUGCAGAGCUCCCUGUCCGCGAAGAUGUCGUUAGAGUGUUGCGGCGUCCGGCUGAGCCCGAUAGCAAGGACCCUUCUACACCUAUCGGCACUCUUUUCGAUUUGAUCGACCGAGAGAGCCUACACACUGCUGCGGAGAGUGUCGAGCAAAGCUCGGCCGACUUCGAGAAGAGGCUGCUUGAACUGCAGUCAGGUAUGGAGAAACUAAAGCAGGAUACAAAUCAGGCCCAGGCUCGCUCAACCCAAAUACCAGACUUCGACACCAAUGCUCUGCUGGAUGAGGCUGAGACACUAGCGAAGCGGAUCAGCUCUGACUACGAAGAUGUUGUACAGAUGCAAGACAACCAGAAAUCCGUGGUUGCAGCGUCAAGAAAAGCCGCAGUGCAUACCCGUGAACUGUUGCCUGCCAUGCACGGUGUUGUGGAAGAAAUUGUCCAGGCCUCCUUGAGUGCCUCCGAAACGCGAAAUACUGCAUCUCAUGACUGGUAUUCGACACUUCAACUCAUUUCUGGUAUCCAAUCUCGCCUCGCAGAACUACAAUCUGGCAUCACAAACCUGGACUUCCGCGACGACGACAACUUUGCGGCCCUCAACAGGGCUUUUCAGCUACCCCUUGUCUAUGGUGCUACACUUGUGGAAGCAACCCGCAGAUCCGAGUGGACCGAGCGGAUGCGGGCAGAGGUGGACGUUCUCCACGAGGAUCUUUCCCAGCAGACCGAGGAAGAGCAAAGACGACGAAAAAAAUGGACGGCUUCGCACAGCGAGUUCUUGAAUGAGGAUAUGAAUGCCAAAGAUGCACUCAUCGAUCUGAAAGCAACAGCCCCGCGGAAUUCCUGGCCAUUUGUCAGCAGAGACGAAAUAUUCGCCUGGGUUGACGACCUGAGAGCACUCGGUAUCGAUGACGCCGUGCAGUCAGUCAUGCAGCGGAUGAAAGAUCUAGAUGCACCAGUCCGGAAGCAGAAAACGAAGCCUUUCAAGAACGGGAGUAUCCAUGAUCUUAGCCAGAGCGCUGCUCUGGGUAGUGGAGAUGAAGUCAGGGGUUUACAGGACGAGAAAGCAAGACUUGAGGAGAAGCUCCGCGCUUCGGAUAGUCGAGUGCGGAAGUUGGAAGACCUCCUCCAUCGUCAAAGCCAGCUCAGCCGGCCUCCUAGUGGGAUCUUCCAGCCUGGCAGCGCUGCGGACUUCGAGAGACAGCAGACCCCUUCACCGAGUCCGCUGCACAGACACAGCGACCUGUCUCGCAGGUCAUCAGUCUCACUCAGAAGACUAUCCAACAAUCAGGACGAGAAGUCCUUGGUGCAGAAAAUCGUUGCAUUAGAAGGUCAGAUCCAAAAGUUGCAAGAGGAAGCUCACGCAGAACGGCGCUCAAGUACGGAGAGCAGGGAUAAAAUGCAGGAAGCGGAAUUGGUCAAGCGAGACCUGAUGGCCAAUUUCGAAGCGCAGAAGCAAGAAUUCGAGGAGGAGCGACAAUUGCUGGACGACGAAGUACACCGGCUAAAAGUCAAACUGGAAGAAGCCGAAGAGGAGCUUGAUCGUCUUAAUGACUCCAGGGAUCAUUUCCGCUCCGAACAAGAUCAGACAAUGCUCAACUUGCGGAAUGAGUUGGAACAACUAAAGAAGACCUCUGCAGAUGAUGUCGCGGUGUCAGACCGCAGAGUCGAAUUGGCGCGAAAGGAAGCAGCCGCGCACCGCGAGCGAGCAGCAACGCUCGAUCGCCAACUCCACCAACUCAAGGAAGAACGGGCAGCCGUACAGUCUCAGAACAUGACCCUAGCAAACCAACUGCGCUCAAUGGAGGAUCAACAGCAAGAAUACAUCUCCAUCCUACAAGGAGCACACUCGAACCUAUCACCGGCUGGUUCUCCUCCAGAUGAUCUUCGCCGCAUCGUCAACGCACUGGAGAUUCUCUCCGAAGGGGCCGCGAUCCAUGCUCGCGGUCUCGACGACUCUCUCCAACUUGCUACCGCGGAGAACAAAUCGCUCGAGGAGAAAUUGUCCAACGCGGAAAGCGAGAUCAAACUUCUCACGGAGAAACUGUCCACGAUGGAAGCGCGGGCGAAUGAAUUGAGGGAAGACCUCGAACAGGAACGUAGCAAGAUCUCGGUGCUGAAGACGGAACUCGCAGGCGAACGCGCAGAGAUGCAUUCCCUGCGCGAAAAGUUCGCCGCUGGGGAGACUGGCUCUGAUGCCCUCCGUCAACAACUCAAGUCUGAAGAAACCAAAGUCGCGGAAUUGAUGGACCGCAAAGCCCAAGACGAGGGUGUCAUUCAGCGCCUGAAGCAUGAAAUUGAAGACCUCAAUCGGGAAGCGGUCAACGCGGCGGAGAAACAGGAGAAAUUGCGCAGACACUUUGACAAGAGGGGCGAAAGGGCGAAACAGCUUUCGGAGAGGUUGUUCCACCACCACGAUCGAAUCGUCCGCAUGCUCGAGCAAUUUGGCUAUUAUGUGUCCCGGCAGGACGAUACGCUCGUCAUCCAGCGUGCAAGUAAAGUCAACGCGAGCGCCGUGCUGAGUGGCAACGAAGGGUCGGGACCUCCAGGCACUUCGAUGAAGCGAACCAUAUCCGGUUCGACGCCUGCACAGCACUACUCGGACCCUUCAGACCUCGACACGCUGUAUUGGACAUCCGACAACGAUCUCACCUCCGAAUCGACAAAAUACUCGGGCUUCCUUUCCGCUUUGUCGAGACUUGACAUGGACAGCACGAUCGACCUGAUCACGAAGCGCUACAAGGACGUCGAGACGCUGGCGAAGAAAUACCAAAAGGACUCCCGCGCUUACCGGGAACGGACGCACCGCUCGCAAGCCGAAGCGCACGAUAAAAUCGCAUAUAGGAGCUUCAAGGAAGGGGAUCUGGCCUUGUUUUUGCCUACGAGGAAUCAGGCGACGAGACCCUGGGCGGCGUUCAAUGUUGGUGCGCCGCAUUACUUUCUGAGAGAGCAGGAUGCGCACAAAUUGCAGUCGAGGGACUGGUUGCUCGCGCGAAUCACCAAGAUAGAAGAGAGAGUGGUAGAUCUGAGCAAGAGCAUGCGCGGCAACACCUCCUCUUCCACCGUGGGUGUAGCGAGUACGGUGGUGGAUGACGGUGGGUCGGCGAGGAGCGUUGACGACGAGAACCCCUUCGAGUUGUCCGAUGGGUUGAGGUGGUAUAUGAUUGAUGCGCAGGAGGAGAAAUUGGGCGCGCCUGGCACCCCUUCCGUCGGAAAGUCAACCGUUAUAGCGAGCAACGUCGAGGUCAAGGGCCACAUGGGAUUGGGCAGGAAGGAGCACAAGUCAAGCAUGGGUAUGGGUGGCGGUGGCAGCAAUGCCACAACGACCAUGGUCACUAAGACACUUACCAAAAGCUUGGAUAGUCGGCGGUCGAGCUCAGGGAGCAAAAAGAGCGUGGAUCUCAAGGGCAAGCUUCACGACCGGAGCAGCGUUAAGGACGGUAUGCCUUCGUCGAAGCUUGCACCGUUGGCGCCUAUCUCGAGCGACACGGACGUUGAGCAAAGGCGUGCACUUCCACACGAUGUGGGCGGCAGAAGUGUGGCCAUCCCGGACGACGACGCCCAUGCGGAUGCAGAUGCAGAGAACGAGAAUGACGAGUCUGAAGCGCAGAAUUUGGCGGAUUCGAUGACGCUGCAAGCGGCGGGCCAAGGCCAAGGCCAAGUUGGGACUGCCAGUGUACCCAGCAUUGUACGCCGUCCCACCGAAAGGAGCCAGACGGACCGGGAGGAUGCACAGGUCUUUGAAGUGGUGAGGCGAGAUCUUCUUCUCGGCCCGUAA